CAAUCUUUCACUCACUUUCUUGAAGCGUGAAGUCUGUGGAGUUCGGAAGCUGUUGCCACUGUCUCUGCAACUAAAAAUAUAAAUACUAUAAAAUGGAACAUUGAGCAAAUCUUACCAAACAGAUAACACACCGCCCACCGACACGGAUCAAAGAAUCAGGCUACAUUUUCUCUAUGGAUUUGUAACUUCUUCACCAGUUGGGGAAUAUAUUUAGUCAAAAGCAGCAUGGAGGCAGCUCCGGAUGCUAUCUAUGGAGGGGGCACUAACACCAGCAGCCUUUGGGUGCAGGUAGUCAACCAGAGUGCUCCCAGAUCACCCCCUUACUCUCCAGAGGCUACUGCAGCCAUUGCCAUCACCAUCACACUCAUGAUGCUCUUCACCAUCUUUGGAAACAUCCUGGUCAUCAUUGCGGUUCUGACCAGCCGCUCCCUGCGGGGCCCCCAGAACCUUUUCUUGGUCUCUUUGGCGGCAGCAGACAUCCUGGUGGCCACCCUCAUCAUCCCCUUCUCGCUGGCCAAUGAGCUGAUGGGCUACUGGUACUUUCGCACCGUCUGGUGCGAGGUCUACCUGGCACUGGACGUCUUCUUCUGCACCUCGUCCAUCGUGCAUCUGUGCGCCAUCAGCCUGGACCGCUACUUGUCCAUCUCGCGGCCGGUCAGCUACACGUCACGGCGGACGCCCGGCCGCAUCAAGGCGGCCAUCGUGGUGGUGUGGCUGAUCGCGGCGGUCAUCUCCUUCCCGCCGCUGCUCUCCAUGAACAAGAGCCCGGAGGAGAAACAGGGAGGGCCCCACUGCGAGCUGAACAACGACACCUGGUACAUCCUCUACUCCACCAUCGGCUCGUUCUUCGUGCCCUGCCUCAUCAUGAUCCUUGUCUACGUGCGCAUCUACCAGAUCGCCAAGCAGCACACGCGCUGCCCACCCGGAGAGCCCAGGAGAGACGUGAGCGCCACCUCUCCACCGCUGGGACUCGGCACAGCGCAGCGGAACGGGGCAGACCCCGGGAGCUUGGUCAAGAAAGACGGUGCGAUCAGACCUCCGGGCCUCAACAUGCCGUCUUCUUCCUCAUCCCCUGUCCAGUGGGAGGGUCCAGCCACUGGCCAGAAAUCCCAACUACCCAUACCCCUCUCCGCCCCUGCUCCGACAACCUCCCCCGGAUCCUUUACUUCCCUCUCUGCCUCCUCAGAGCCCCAGUCAGACAUCGCCCCUAUGCCCCAGGGGGGUCCGCAGCAUCACGGCAGCCCAGAGAAGCCAGCAGAGGCUUACAACGACGACAGCUCCAGCCCUGAGUCUGACAAUGAGGCGGCGGAGAGGCACGGGGCAAACGGCACGGGUGCAAGCAUCACCGGCCCCAAAGCUCUGGCACAGAAAGGCCGAAACUUAGUGAUUACCUCGAAGGGGACACAGUUGGCCUCAAUCAAACCCAAAGCAGUAGGGACUCCCAACGCGGCCCGGCGCAAGGCCCUGGUCAAUCGGGAAAAGCGAUUUACCUUCGUGCUGGCGGUGGUCAUUGGUGUGUUUGUCAUUUGCUGGUUCCCCUUUUUCUUCUCUUACAGUCUCCAAGCCAUUUGCCCCAAAACCUGCAGCACCCCUGAACCACUGUUUACUUUCUUCUUCUGGAUUGGUUACUGCAACAGUUCCCUCAAUCCAGUCAUCUACACCAUAUUUAACAAGGAUUUCCGUAAGGCCUUCAAGAAGAUACUUUGCAAAAACACAAAAAAGACAUUGUUCUGAAAUGGGAAUAUAUGUUCUGUCCCAUGAGAAUCUCAAUCUAAUAUCUCUCCUUUUUGAAUGCUAUGUGAUGCAACUAUUCAACCCAACAUCCAAAGAAAAGCUUUCUAAUGGAUUUUCACAAUAGACUUUUCUGCAUGACAUGCUUCUGUGCUGGUCUUUUAGGCAAAUGCAGUUGUGAGCAUGACUAAUUCUCAAGAGUGUAAUCUCUUUGAAACAUUUCAGACUUUUUUUUUCCUUUCCUCGCUUUCAAUCUCUGAGGAUGUUUUAGUCUGUGCUUUUCUGAUCUGAAAGACCACUUUGAGAGACAGUCAACCCUGUGAUUAAACAUUGGUGGCAAGGUGGUUGUUUAACAGAUUCACUCAACUGCUUUCUGUUCUUGCUUUCUCUAACUAAAUUAUCCAUGGCAGUGCCAGAGCAGUUGUAAGUGUGCAUAAUGACAUGAACUUCAUGCUGGGGACCUUUUUAGACUAGUUAUUUAAUACCGUGAAUAAUGUUUAUUGAAGACAAAAGAAAUGGAUCAUAUUUACCUUUGUUAGUGCGACAAAAUACAUAUCUCCCAAGACCAUCAGCAUUACUGGUGUCCCCAACCUAUGAAAAAAACUGUUUUGGCUAUAUAUUUAUGGUUAUGUGUUCAAAAGGUUUUUUUACUCUGCAAACUCUGUGUCUCCAGUUUCUAGGUUACAGGUUUCAAAACAGCAUGUUCUGUUAGCUGAUUAGCUUGGGUUAAAUAUGCAAGAGAAGAAAUAAACAAGCACCAAAACAGAAUGAUAGUUCUCAUUGCAUUGAAGUGUCAUCUUUUGAUUCCACGUGGGGGUGUUUUUUACUGCAUAAAAGCUGAAAUUUAUAAUCGUCACAUCAAGCAUGAUGGGGACCAUUAUCCAAAUGUGAUGUUUGAGCAGUGCAAUUUGUAGUUCAAACAUUGACACAUUACAUCCUUAACUGAUGAAAAAUUACAUUAAUACUAGAGAAUGCAUUUUGUAGAAAAAAAAAAAGUCAAAUAACAAUUUGCCCUUGUAUUUCUAUGAUGCAGUUCAGUAUUUUGCUGCUUAACCUGCAAGCAUGUGUUUAGUGUGUGUGCCCUCAUAAAUGUGUUUGAUUUGUAGAAGGCCAAUUUAUGCAUAUUAUCACAUUCAUUGAUACUAAUCUGUUCCCAAUUGACAUUGAAACAAUGUGACAUUAGUAUACUAAAAGCACCCUCCUCAACACUGCAAGAUUUGAUUGAAUUGCAAACAUAUUGAAUGUGUGAUGCACAGCAUUGUGUACUUGAGAGGAAGAGUCUGGCUGGAUAUGAGAUGGAUAUAUUUUGUCGUUGUGCCGUAUGUUGACAUAUACUCAUAUAUUGAUGCAGACUACAUGUAGGGAGUUAUGUAUUCAGGGGGAAUAACUUGAUAUCAUUCCACUCGACGGCAUAUUUCAUAAGUGAAAAGAAACUUUGACCAUAUCAAAUGUAACUAGGAGUGGCAAAGGCUUUUGGUCUGAAGACGUAAUGUAUUGUUAAAGAAAUUACUUGCUGGCAGAUUGUAAAUGUGGAGCCAUAUUGUUGAAAUAAAAGGUGUUCUUUAGUCA